AUGCAAAUAUUAAAAGCUCGAAAGUUAAUAUUGAACGGGCUAACUCCAGGAUCGUCUAAAUCGUUGGCACAUUCGCUAUUACUCGCUAAUGGUUUCAUUCAUCCAGUUGGAAAAGGGUUGUACAGGUAUAAUAGUGAUUUGUUUUUUUGAUAAAAAAAUUUCUGCAGCAUAUUGCCGCUUGGACAGCGAGUAAUCGAUCGAAUAUGCCGGAUUCUGGACGCCGAAUUACAACGGAUCGGCGCACAAAAAGUGUCAUUCCCGAUAUUGGGUUCUAAAGUUCUUUGGGAUAAAACUGGACGAUGGGAAAGCAUGGGUCCUGAAAUGAUGACGUUGAAAGAUAGAACGGAAACCCCUUUUUGUCUUCAGGUUUCCCCUUCUGAUUUUAUUUUCGAAAAAUUUUUUAUUUAGCCAACCGCCGAGGAAAUGUGCACGGAAACAGUUUUAGCGUUAUCACCAUUGAAAAAGAAUUUGUUUCCACUGAUGCUCUACCAAAUUUCUGAAAAAUUUCGCGAUGAAAUGAAUCCUAGGUUGUUUUUGGAAUUUUUCAAUUCGGAAAUACUAAUUUUCAGGUUUGGGCUGUUGCGAUCACGACAAUUUCUCAUGAAAGAUCUCUACUCUUUUGACAGAACUUAUGAAGACUCUUUGAACACUUACAAAGCGGUCUGUAAAGUUUACGACAAGUUUUUCAAGAACAUUUUGCAGUUAGAAGUUCACAAGGUUUUUUUUUCAGAUAAAAAUUUAAAAAAAUUUUUUUUUAGACAGCAGCUGAUUCUGGGAUCCAUGGUGGCCAAUUAUCUCACGAAUAUCAUUUGAAAAGUUUGUUAGAAGAAGAUUUUGUUGAUUUUUGUGACGAGUGAGUGUUGUCGGUGAAGUUCAAAAAAUAAAUUUUAUUAUAGGUGUGGCACAUCCAGAAAACCGGAAAUUUCGCCUCCCUGUACUCAUGAAAGUCAAAAAUGCUCUCUAAGAAAGCUCAACACGGUAGAAAUCGCCCAUACUUUCCAUUUGGGAAAAAGAUACUCCGAAGUGAUGAACGUCAAUUUCGAGGGAAAGCCACUAGAUAUGUGCUGUUUUGGCAUCGGAGUAACGAGGUAUAACUUAUUAUAGAACUAUUCGUUGAAAAUAAAUCAAUUUGUAGGUUAUUACCGGCUGUUGUUGAUUGUUUAUCCGUUUCUGCCGAAGCUAUGAGGUUUCCCAAGGCAAUCGCGCCGUUUGACGCCGUAGUAAUCCCCAAAAAGGUACAUCAAACAAUUUUUGUGUAUAAAAUAAACGCCAAAAUGUUUCUUUGCGAAAUUAUAUCCAACUCAAAAAAAAUGGUUGAGAAUGAAGAGAUUUAGGAUCUUCUCAACAUAGGCAAAGUCGGAAAGGGUCGAAAGAGGCUCCAUUAAAAUAUCUCUUUUAGUGCGACAAAGGCUCCUUUUUUGCGCUAUUUGAUAGGCCCUUAGUCACCAUUUUUUUCCUGCCUCUCUCAGCAUUUCUUGAGCCUUUGUAAUUCUGAAAAACUAGAAGGCUUGAAGAAAGGACUUUUUUGCUGCCUUUCUGCGGCCUCUUUUGAGCGUCUCCCUCUUAGCGGUCAUUAUUCACCAUUCCUACUUUGUCGUUUUUUCAAUAUAUCACAACCGAUCCAAAAUCAGUUUUCUUCUCAUUGACGAUCACCGGUUUAUUUCGUUUAAAAGGUCUUGCUAGACAUAUUCAAAGGCUCAUAGAAAAUUUUAUCAAAAUUCAAAGGCAGAAAGUUGUUUCUUUUUAUGUUCUUUGCACCUUUGGAAACCGAAGAAAAGCCUUUUUUCCAGACUUUGAUGAAAAACGUACUGCUGGAAAUGUUGUUGUCUUCCUCGAAAGACAUGUUUUCUGACGGCGGCGUUUUGCUGGACGACCGGACCGAAAUUUCCGUCGGAAAAAGGAUGAGAGACGCGAAUCGACUGGGGAUUCCAUACGUUAUCGUUCUAGCUAAUGAGACGGAGAGGUCUCUUGAAAAUCAGGUGAAUAUUUAUUAAGAUUAAGUUUUAGAUGAAUGAAAAAUUCCAUGAUUCCAUAGCACGGCUCAUACGUCGGCUGGAUCCCACCCCGGGGUGCGGCCUACCGCCCCCCUCAAAAAAUGAAAAUUGAAGGAAAUUUCAGAAAGUUAGAGAAGAUGUGGUUUUUUUAAUAAAAUUUUUGAAUCGCUUAGAAUUUUUUUACAUAAAUCAAAUCUUGUACUGAUAUAGUUUUUUUCCCGGGUUUCAGAGCCCAGCUGUGGAGCUUUUCUCGACGGAGCCAAAAAGCGCUGAAUUGGUGAGUCACGGCGCGAUGUCGCUGACCCAACUCGUCAGCUUCGUCCAAAGAUUCAACGCCAAUUCUCCAGUUUUCUAG